AUGGCCGAAAAUCAUUCCCCAGAAACGCGCAUCUACGAGCACGAUGACAGGGCCACCACGCUACUGCCUCUGCUAGCCUCUCAUCUACCACUCUCUUCUGCACUUUUGCGACGUAUCCAACAUGGACUCGCGUACCCAGCGCCCACUGCCAAGAUCUUAGCUACAUUCCCCCCAUCGGGCUCCCCAUCCCCUGACAAGCCAUGGCUGGCUGCGCGGGUGGAUCUCUUCCGCGGCCGCGAGACCCAGAUCAUCCUAUAUUCCAGCCUUGAAGCGGAGCACACGUCAAUCCAGCCGAUCGGUUCAGCUCCGCUUUCGCAAUCGGCUGUCACCGUCACCCCUAGUGACGGGUCCAGUCCCGCCGCAGUGGAAAGCAACAAUCACGCCAGCCUGGAUUCUAAUUAUACGGUCGCUACCCUGCAUACCGCCGAUCCUGAUUCUCUGAACCUGGCCCGUGAGCAGCUAUUGGCAUUGCUCGUUUAUAUUAAAGCCAAUCUGUUGCCGGAGUACCUGGCUUCCCUGCCACCUGACAGUGAGACAAAGUCAGCUGAAGCGCAGUCGCGGAAUGGCGUUGCCUUGAUCCCUGCGCCUGAUCCUCGGGCUUUUCUAAUUGGAACGCUGCAUACCGGCUUGUUUACUCUACUUUUGGAGUCAGGCGUUUUCCCGCAUCCCGAUGUCGGUGACGCGUCGAGUCUGGCGCUUUUACCAGGGUUGAAGGUUCAUCGUUAUGAUAACCCGCCGUAUAGCAAGUUUUUCUUUCCGCGAGAGAAGUUUACGAUGCAGGAUGGUGAGGCUGAGAUCCCGUUGCCUGACGGGUAUCGGUUCCAUGAUCGGAAUGGAACAGUAGGUGUUCUGGAUUCGCAUUUGGAUCUUGUGCAGAGUCGAACGAGUAUUCCUCGAUCGAAGGCGCAGUUAUCCAGCUUGGUUGGUAUGGCGAUUUAUUGUGAUACUGAGCCUGCCACGGAAGGCGAUGAUGAAAUGCCUAUUGCGUGGGCUUUCUUGGGUGUUGAUGGGCCUUUGGCCACUUUGCAUGUUGAGCCUGAGCACCGGGGCAAGGGUCUCGCGCUCUGCUUGUCCAAGGAGACCAUGCGGCGUGGUAUGGAUCCUGCCGGGAUCUUUGGGGCUGAUAGACUUGAUUUUUCGGAUGAGACGCUGCGAGAAAAGACUACUGCUUGGGUGCAUACUGAAGUUGCGCAGGCCAAUAAGGCUAGUCGGAGGGUUAUGGAGAAGGUUGGUGGUGAGGUUAUGACGACUGUGAUGUGGGUGGUUAUCGAGCUUUGUGAUUGA